AAAACGCCACUAAUAAUGGAGGUGCCAAAUGUGUCUGCCCCCUCUAUCGUUUCGCCAGUUGCAUCUGCUCCCCCGGAUACACGAGCCACUGCUACUGAUUCUGUCUCCAGCUUGCGGUCUCAGUCAGUCGAAAUGCAAUAUGAUCCAAAUGAUUCAACUGUUCGGGAUGUUGAAGCGGUGAGUCAAGAAAGCGGUGGGAGUGGGGCAACCUUGGGUGAAAGCCUUAGGAGUUUGGAUGUUGAGAUUGGAAGUGCUGAUGGACAUGAUGAUGGUGCAGAAAGGCAUGAUGUACAGCCAGCGAUGCGCUCAAGAAGAGCAAAUUUGUCACUUGCGCCAUCUUCAACUGGGCGAGAAGCUUCUCUUUACAGUGUAACUGAGGUUUCUGAGAACUCCGGUCACGAGGCUGAGCAGGAUAAUCCACCAGAGGAGCAACCAGUUAACAGGGAUGUUGCUUCUAGUUCUAUCGAUCCAGCAUUUUUAGAUGCUCUACCUGAGGGACUGCGAGCUGAAGUCCUUUCGGCUCAGCAAGCACAAGCGCCACAACCUUCUAGCAAUGAACAGCAGAAUUCUGGAGAUAUUGAUCCGGAGUUUCUUGCUGCGCUUCCUGCUGAUAUCCGAGCUGAAGUUCUGGCACAGCAACAAGCACAACGGCUUCACCAGUCUCAUGAACUUGAAGGUCAGCCUGUUGAGAUGGACACCGUUUCAAUAAUUGCAACUUUUCCUUCGGAGUUGCGAGAAGAGGUGUUGCUGACGUCAGAUGAUGCCGUUCUUGCAAAUUUAACACCUGCACUGGUUGCGGAAGCAAACAUGUUACGCGAAAGGUUUGCUCAUCGAUACCAUAACCGUGCACUUUUUGGUAUGCAUCCAAGACUUCGUAGAGGGGAGGCAUCCAGGCGAGGUGAAGGUGGCAUAUCUGGAAUUGAGAGAAGUGAGGGGAUUGCUUCUCGCAGAUCUGCUUCAAAGGUUAUAGAGGCCGCUGGAGCUCCCCUAGUUAACACUGAGGCGCUCCAAGCAAUGAUUCGUGUUCUUCGUAUAGUUCAGCCUCUUUACAAGGGUCCUCUGCAGAGGCUUUUGCUGAAUUUAUGUUCUCACGGAGAAACAAGGUUUUCCUUGGUGAAUACAUUCAUGGAUAUGCUGAUGCUCGACACAAGGAAGCCUGUUAACCACUCGAGUGUUUCCGAACCACCUUAUCGUCUUUAUGCUUGUCAAAGCAAUGUAACAUAUUCACGUCCUCAGCACUUUGAUGGGGUUCCUCCUCUAGUGUCUCGGCGUGUACUUGAGACUUUGACAUAUUUGGCACGAAAUCAUUUGUACGUAGCAAAGAUUCUGCUUCAGUCCAGGCUUUCCCUGCCUUCCCUUGAAGGUUCUGUACCCUCUGACAAGGCACGUGGAAAAGCUGUUGUAGUAAGUGAUGAUCACAUGGGCAGAACGCAGCAGGAACCCGGAUCUGUAGCCUUUGCGUUGCUUCUAAGCCUCCUGAAUCAGCCCCUUUAUUUGAGAAGUGUGGCUCAUCUUGAACAGCUGCUGAACUUGCUGGAGGUUGUCAUUGACAACGCUGAAAGAAAGUCUGAGCCAGGUGACGGAUCAGAUGGGUCAGCUAGCGAGCAGCAAUCAACACCACAAGUAGUAGAAGCUGAAAAUAAUUCAGAAAACCAUGAUAUGGAAUCUGGCACUGCUGGUGCAAUGACCAAACCAAUUGUUUCAUCUGGAAGUUCGUCCACCAGAGCAGAGAGUGAAUGUGAUGUUCAAACUGUGUUGCUAAAUCUUCCCCAGUCAGAGCUGUGUCUGCUUUGUUCAUUACUUGCACGUGAAGGUUUGUCAGAUAAUGCAUACACCCUUGUAGCGGAGGUGCUUAAAAAACUUGUGGCCAUUGCUCCAAGUCAUUGUCACUUGUUUAUUACAGAGCUUGCAAAUGCAAUGCAGAACCUGACAAGAUCAGCGACGAGUGAACUUCACAUGUUCGGUGAAGCCGUAAAAACGCUUCUAAGUACCACGUCAUCAGAUGGAUCAGCAAUAUUGAGGGUUUUGCAGGCAUUAAGCACCCUCAUUGAUUCGUUAAUCGCAAAAGGGAAGAAUUCAGAAGAGCAUGUUGCUGUGUUUUCUCAGCUAUCGAACAUCAACCUAGCUUUGGAACCUCUGUGGCUGGAGUUGAGCAAUUGCAUAUGCAAAAUAGAGGGGCAUUCCGAUUCUUCUGCUUCUGCUUCUGCUUCUGCUUCUAUGUCUCCAACAACCUCGACGAGUUCAGCAACAACAAGGGGAGCUGGAGUAAGCCAGUCACUUCCUGCUGGUGCCCAAAACAUCUUGCCUUAUGUAGAGUCGUUUUUUGUUACCUGUGAGAAAUUGCAUCCAUCAUCGCAGUCUGGUGAUGUCUCGGUUCCCAUGGCUUCUUCUGAUGUUGAGGAACAGCCCAAGGGUCCAGGACCAAGCAGCAGCAGCAGCUCCAAGGUGGAUGAGAAAUAUGGUUCUUUUAUCAAGUUUUCUGAAAGGCACAGGAAACUUCUGAAUGCAUUCAUCCGACAAAAUCCUGCUCUGCUUGAGAAGUCGUUCUCACUAAUGCUCAAGGUUCCACGUUUUAUUGAAUUUGAUAACAAACGUGCAUACUUCAGAUCAAAGAUAAAACACCAGCAUGACCAUCACCACAGCCCUUUGAGAAUCUCAGUGAGAAGAGCCUACAUUCUUGAAGAUUCAUACAACCAAUUGCGAAUGAGGUCAACUCAAGAGCUGAAAGGUAGAUUGACUGUUCACUUCCAAGGAGAAGAAGGCAUUGAUGCUGGUGGGCUUACCAGGGAAUGGUAUCAGCUAUUGUCAAGGGUUAUUUUUGACAAAGGAGCUCUUCUGUUCACAACCGUUGGCAAUGACUCGACUUUCCAACCGAAUCCAAACUCUGUUUACCAGACAGAGCACCUCUCUUACUUCAAAUUCGUUGGCCGUGUGGUUGGAAAAGCUCUGUUUGAUGGUCAACUACUUGACGUCCAUUUCACUCGUUCAUUUUACAAGCAUAUCUUGGGAGUUAAGGUCACGUACCAUGAUAUUGAAGCUAUAGAUCCCGAUUACUAUAAAGCCCUGAAAUGGAUGCUGGAGAAUGAUAUUAGCGAUGUCCUAGAUCUCACUUUUAGCGUUGAUGCUGAUGAGGAAAAGCUAAUACUGUAUGAGAAAACGGAGGUGACUGACCAUGAACUGAUCCCUGGAGGCCGGAACAUCAAAGUUACAGAGGAGAAUAAGCAUGAAUAUGUAGACCUAAUCGCCGAGCAUCGAUUAACCACAGCCAUUCGUCCUCAGAUAAAUGCAUUCCUGGAAGGGUUUAGUGAACUUAUACUUAAAGAUCUAAUAUCAAUUUUUAACGACAAGGAACUGGAGUUAUUAAUAAGUGGUCUUCCUGAUAUCGACUUGGAUAACCUGAGGGCGAAUACUGAAUAUUCUGGGUACAGUCCUGGAUCCCCUGUUAUCCAGUGGUUCUGGGAGGUUGUUCAGGGAUUGAGCAAAGAAGACAAAGCCCGUCUAUUGCAGUUUGUGACUGGAACCUCCAAGGUUCCUCUGGAAGGAUUUAGUGCCCUUCAAGGAAUUUCAGGGGCACAGAAGUUUCAGAUCCACAAGGCAUAUGGAAGCGCUAAUCACUUGCCGUCUGCUCAUACCUGUUUCAACCAGUUAGAUCUGCCAGAGUACCCGUCUAAGGAACAUCUGCAGGAGAGGCUGCUGCUUGCAAUCCAUGAAGCAAGCGAAGGAUUCGGAUUUGGUUAAAACAUAAACCAGCUUCCUUUUUUUCUUUUCUUUUUUUGCUAUUUCAUUCUAUACAUAUACCUGUUGGGCAAAACGAACGAUUUUCUGUAAUUCUCACUUUCUACUUAACGUCGUCUUUUCCUUUUAAAAGAGUAUGUUUAAUAGAUCAUUUUAGAGAAAAUUAAAUUGAAUCACACACU